AUGGGGGCUGUCUCGCAGAUUGGGGAUGGUCAGGUCCAAGGUGGAAUGCACACGGCAGCUAUUACGGUGGCGGCACCUCUGGCACCUGUGUCUCAGAUUGGAGAUGGGCAGAUUCAGGGUCCUGUUGUGACUGUUGUGCCUGAUAUUGCCAUGGCGGCGGCACCCACGACAGCAACCUUGGCCACGCCAACUUCAAAUGUCCCUAUUCCUUUCCCUCCACAAGGGACAAACCCUGGGGCGACACCGAGUAAGCCACCGACUGUGCUGGAGCAAGCUUGCGGCAUCUCGACUCGACCGAUCCUCAGCUCGACCUUACUAAAACCAUCGUCGGCGUCGGCGUCUUCCCUGCAACCCAGCUCCUGCACCUCCGGCUUCCUCAACAUCAGCACCCCCUCCCCAGCUGCCACCACCACGUCCUCAUCUCCCCCGUCGCAGUCCCCAAUGUCGUCCUUAGUGUCAUGUCUCACGAACUCGACCCUCCAGCUCCAUCUGACCAACAACAACCUCUAUGACGCUUUCAAUCGGACUGGCUAUAUCGCGUCCAACUACCAAUUCCAGUUUGAUGGCCCGCCGCAGUCUGGAGCCCUUGUGACGAGUGGGUGGAGCAUUUGUCCUCUCGGCAGUAACAACACCACGACCUCCACGACUUCGAGUUCCAGUGCCAGUGCCAAUGCCGUUCAGGGUGCUGGAGACACGCUUGCCCUCGGGGGAAACACCACGUUCUGGCAAUGCCUCAGCGGCGACUUCUACAACCUCUACACGGAGAACUGGGCCGCUCAGUGUAGUCCGGUGCAGCUGAGGAUUGUUAAUUUGAUAGACUGUGGUCAGUGA